AUAAAUGACUCAGUUCCAAACAAAUAUUCUCAUUCAAAGUUCACAUUCUUACACCAAGAAACACGGUAGAAAGUCUUUCUACUUAAGCAGGAUAAAAGAAAAAAAUGGUUUCUCCAAAACUAGGAAUCACCAUUGUAAUUGCAUUAGUCCUUUUCUUUUUCAUCUAUGAAGCUGAGGGUGCAUCUUAUUCUUCUGGUUCACAUAUUGAUGGUGCUGAGAUCACACCAUUGGCUAAUCAGAAAGUUAAUCUAUCUGUGUACUAUGAAAGUCUAUGCCAAUCUUGUGAGACUUUCAUUAUUAAGAAUCUGGGGGACAUCUUCAACAAUGAUCUCAUUGACAUUCUCAAUCUCCAGCUAGUCCCUUGGGCCAAUGCUCAUAUCAAUAAUACCAACAAUUCCAUUUCAUGUCAGAAUGGACCAGAUGAAUGUGAGCUAAAUUCUUUGGCAGCAUGUGCCCUCAAUAUUUGGCCUAAGGUGGACAAACAUUAUGGUUUGAUUGUCUGCUUUGAGUUUCUAGCAAUUGAUGGAAGGAACAAGAACUGGCUGGACUGUUUAGACCAAUUGGGUUUGCCUAAGGAGCCUAUUCUAAAUUGCUUUAACAGUGGAAACGGAACAGAGCUUGGAAAAAAAUAUAUUAAUGAAACUUCACAACUUCAACCACCUCAUUCAUUUGUGCCAUGGGUGGUGGUGAACAAUCAACCUAUUGGAAAAGACUAUGCAAAUUUUACUUACUAUGUUUGCAAAGCUUAUAGAGGAGUUGCCGUUCCAGCUGGCUGCAACCUUAAGUGAGAAAUAAAUUAAACUAUUAAAUAAUGCCAUGUAUAUUAUUCCAGUAAAAGGCUAUAUAAACAUGACCACAUGGUCACUUCAAGCUCCUCCAAAGACACAUUGAGCAUGCAGAAUAUCUUACAUUUAUGGUAGUAAAUCAAAGUGAGACAAAGCACCACCUAUGUUUGUAAAGUUCCUACUAGAAUACAAACGAUGCAAAUAAUCAUAUAGUCUACAUUUUCCAUUACUAAACCUGGAUUGCUAAAUGCAUGUUUAUGCCAGAGACAUUCUCUCCCCCUAUCCCUCUCAAGCUUGAGCAAGUCAGAAAAAAUGCUAUAUAGUUAAUUAU